CACAACAAUUGAAAAAAAAAAAAUUUCUAUCUUUUUAGGUUUGGCAAUGGCUCUAGCCACAAGAGUUCAGAUAUUGGGAUGCAUACUCCUUGCAUCACUCGCACUAACAAUGGCUGAUACACCACCGGGCAUAGCCAAAAACCCAAGCCAUGCAACAUGUAAGAUCAAGAAGUACAAACAUUGCUACAACUUGGAACAUGUUUGCCCCAAGUUCUGCCCUGACUCUUGUCAUGUUGAAUGUGCUUCUUGCAAACCCAUAUGUGGCCCUCCUUCCCCCGGCAGUGAUGAUGAUGAUGGCGAAGAUGACGGUGGAUACACUCCUCCGGCUCCAGUUCCACCUGUUUCACCACCACCUCCAACACCUACACCAGCCGUUCCAAGUCCCACUCCACCGGUUUCACCACCACCACCACCACCUCCAACUCCUACACCGGCUGUGCCAAGUCCCACGCCACCGGUUUCACCACCACCACCGUCUCCUACACCAGCUGUGCCAAGUCCAACUCCAUCAUCUUCACCACCACCUCCUACUCCUACACCAGCCGUCCCAACUCCUACACCUCCUACACCGUCUGUGCCAAGUCCUCCAGGUACUCCCACUGCACCGGUCCCUCCAUAUUCCCCACCUGCGACUCCUACUCCCUCCAUUCCAAGUCCUACUCCUACAUCUCCCGGCUCUACUCCUCCUUAUGUCCCUCCGUCCUCUCCUACUCCAACCCCGCCAUCCGAUGGAGAGGCAGGAGCAGGAGUAAGAAGAGCCAGGUGUAAGAAGAAGGGCUCUCCUUGUUACGGAGUUGAGUAUAGUUGCCCGGCCGAUUGUCCCCGUUCUUGUGAAGUUGACUGCGUUACUUGCAAGCCUCUUUGCAAUUGCGACAAACCGGGAUCGGUUUGCCAAGACCCACGUUUUAUUGGAGGAGAUGGUCUCACCUUUUACUUCCACGGCAAGAAAGACUCCAACUUCUGCCUCAUCUCCGAUUCUAACCUUCACAUCAACGCACAUUUCAUCGGUAAACGAAGGUCUGGUAUGGCACGUGACUUCACAUGGGUCCAAUCCAUUGCUAUCCUCUUCGGCACUCACCGUCUCUACGUCGGAGCCCUUAAGACCUCCACGUGGGACGAUUCUGUUGACCGGAUCUCCGCCUCUUUUGAUGGACAUGUUAUCUCACUUCCUCAACUAGAUGGUGCCACGUGGACUUCUUCUUCCCUUGGAGUAUACCCUCAGGUCUCGGUCAAACGAGUCAACGCUGACACUAACAACCUAGAGGUUGAAGUAGAGGGCAUGCUUAAGAUCACAGCAAGAGUGGUGCCAAUAACAGUGGAAGAUUCAAGAAUUCAUGGUUACAAUGUAACGGAAGACGACUGUCUCGCUCAUCUCGACUUAGGCUUUAAGUUCCAAGACCUUAGCGACAACGUCGAUGGUGUUUUGGGACAAACGUAUAGGUCUAACUACGUAAGCCGAGUCAAGAUCGGAGUCCACAUGCCUGUGAUGGGUGGUGAUAGGGAAUUCCAGACCAGCGGACUUUUUGAACCUGACUGCUCAGCCGCAAGGUUCACUGGUAACAGAGGUAGCAACGGGGGCCGGAGUAAAAUGGAGCUCCCUGAGAUGAGUUGUGCAAGUGGCGUAGGUGGCAAGGGAGUGGUCUGCAAGAGAUAGACGUUUCUUUGUUCUAAAUUUUAUUACUAUUAUACUAAAAUAUACCACUAUACAAUAUGGUAAGUGGUAACUAUAAUAUUAUAACUAAUUAAUAAAUUUGUAACACGGUUUUUUUUUCUGUAACAAUAAUAUCAUGGAGAAAGGAAAAUGUAAUUUUACUAUUCUUGAACUGAAUGAAUUUGAAUUUAUGUUUAAUCUCUAGUGUUUUAAUAAUUAAUGGUUUGAGAAAAUUGUAAAAUAUGAUCAUGUUAAGUUAUGGAACAAAAUUAGAUACAUGUCAAUUGUCAAGUAAAAAAACAUCACCUUUUAGAUCAUCCCUAAUUUAUAUUUUACUAGCAAAAUAUUGUUUUGCUAGAAUAUUAAUUUCUUAGUAACUUUGGUUAAUGUGCUACCACGUAAAGGUAGCGCAUGCCGACCACUAAAAGUCGCUUCACAAUGAAGUGAUCCCAUAAAGAUGGAAAACAUAUGCAUGAUUCAAAUUUUUAUCGCUGAUAAAACGUAAUACAUGUCUUGUUUCCAAUUCCAAUUGAAUAACUUGAUUUUGUUUUAGUUACAAAAAAAACUUGAUUUUUUUUCUUAACUCUAAAAGUCUAAAACCAAGAAAAGUUACACAACCUUGGUUUCUGUGUCUGUUAAGAAUAAGGAUUUGGAUAUGGAAGAAACUGUUAAAAUACAGGAACAUAGCAAAGGAUUUCAUGAAAACAGGGUACAAAAUUGUGAAACAACCUAUUUCUGGUUUGAUGUAUGGACACCAGCAGGAAGACUGAUUGAUUUGACAGGCGGGGGAGGCUGUAUUGAUAUGGGUAUAAGGUUGGAUGCAACAGUUGAUACAGUCAUCAAAACGACAUCGAGUAGAAAUUUUUAAUGAGAUCAAGGAUCACAUUCAGCGUAUGAAGGAGAGAGGACUGGCAGAUCGGGAUGAUAUUAAACUGUGGAGGAGAGGGGACAAAUAUAAAUUAACUUUCAGCUUCAAGGAAACAUGGAAACUGACACGAGUGCCUCGACUGAAAGUGAAUUGGAGUCUUGGGAUCUGGUUUGCUUUCAAUACUCCAAAAUAUUCAUUCAUUGCUUGGCUUGCAAUCCUCAACAGACUUGCAACCGGUGAUCGAAUUAAGCAAUGGAGCACUCAACAUCCCAGCUCUUGUGUGUUCUGCAACGACCCGAUAGAGUCAAGAGAUCAUCUUUUCUUUGUCUGCAAGUUUUCAGAUGGAAAGGAUUAACCCAAAAACUGCUAGCUACACGCUAUACCAACCAGUGGGACCAAAUUAUACAGCUGGUGAUUGAUCAAAACAGAGACAAAACAGAGCUUUACAUAGUGAGAUAUGUGUUCCAAGCAAUUUUGUAUGCCAUAUGGAGGGAACGUAAUCAACGUCGGCAUGGAGAAAGUCCACUAUCCCCGAGUCAGCUCAUUCAGAUGGUGGACAAAAACGUUCGUAAUAGGCUGUCUUCCAUCCGCGCCCGAGCGCACACGGGAGGUUUAGUUCUAUAGUUUGCAACGAGAUAGUUUAUCGAAGUUUUUUUCUGAGUUUAUA